GUAAACCGCGAAGUAAAGAAGGUAGAAGGAUCAAAAGUAGUCGUGAGAAAUUUUCACUCGAGCAUGGUCGGACUUAGAGGUGUUCAUUCCUUGAAAAGGUUUCUUCCUUUGUGUAUGUGAGAGUGAAGUGCGUGUAUAUAGAGAAACAAUUGUUUCAAUUAAAAAUAGGUUAGAGGACGAUUAUAAUUAUAGUUGAGAUAUAUUUUGAACGAGAGGUAUCGAUCAUUAAAGUUAUUAAUCGCGUGGAAGCAUUCGGAGUGCAUUCGUUCGGUCCAUUCACUGGAAAACUUGUUCAACACAGCAACACGAAUUGGAAGGCAAGGUUGAUCGUGUUUGAACUUCCAAUAUGCCAUACUAUAACACCAGCCAUAGUCCAGCAGUUUAUAACAAAGAUGGUGGCUCGAGCGGACCAUCGAGUACUUCCGGUGGCCGUGGAAGUAGUACCGAACCACCUACAUACAUGAUGGAACAUUUAGCGACAUUUACAGUGACGAAAGAAAUAGGCAUUGUUUAUCCGGCUGAUGGUAUGCGUCGUCUUUUGCAAUUAGAAAAAAGCAAUGGUAUAUGGAGUCAAAAGAUGCAGCUUCGUUUGGAAAGAAACUGGGUUCUUAUCAUGGACAACGAAACUGGGGCCGUGAUGGAACGAUUUCCAGCUUCUUUGAUCCAAGAACCAACUGCAUUUACCUCGAGAGACCCAAUGGAGAUGUACAACAACAUUUUGGUAUUUUCCGUCGCCGACGACAGUGGUUCUCAAAGAGCAGAAAUGCAUAUCUUUCAGUGUCAAAGCGUAUCUGCUCAAGAUUUGGUCGAGGAUUUGAAAAUGCUUCAAAUGGGGAAACUCGUACCAGGUGGUUCGCCUAGAGGUCCAAGAGGUCAAAUUCCGCCACCACCUGCGUUACCACCACCUGAACCUCCAUUGAACGGUGUGAAUGUACGCGAACAGGUGUCUGCGUUUAAUGCGGCCAAUGCCGAUGGCCAGAACGAUAUAUCACGCGAAGAAAACAACGACGAAGUGUCCUCAACGUCGUCAGAAAAAUACGAACGUGACGUGACGAUAUUGAAUCAUUGCUUUGACGACAUUGAAAAAUUUAUUGCACGUUUGCAAUAUGCUGCAGCUGCGUCGAGAGAAUUGGAACGUCGACGGCGUAACAGAAAGUCGAAAAAGAGAAACCUAGGAGAUGGCAUGUUAACGAUGAGAGCAAAGCCACCACCAGAGAUGGAGUUCAUUGAUAUCUUUCAAAAAUUCAAACUUUCCUUCAAUCUUUUAGCCAAAUUGAAAGCACACAUUCACGAUCCCAAUGCACCGGAGCUGGUACAUUUCCUUUUCACGCCACUUGCUUUGAUCGUUGAUGCAUCUCACGAUACGAAUUAUGAUCCGAAUUUACCAAGCAAGGUCGUCUCACCUUUAUUGACAAGAGAAGCGGUCAAUUUGCUAAUCAAUUGUGUUACCAGCAAAGAAACUGAACUCUGGCAUUCUCUCGGUGAUACGUGGCUCAUUCCUCGUGAUCAAUGGAAAGGACACGUACCACCUUACCAUCCGAUCUUUACGGAUGGUUGGUCACCGGAAUAUCCCAUACCGGAAGACCGAGAUCACGAUCAUCUUGCUUCUCUUUUGAAUGCUGAUAAACAAAAGAGGGAUGAACUUCCUGAACAACAGAACGAUCCUUACUACAAUCAUCGAGACGUCGACGAGUCACAUUAUAGUAGCGAUUAUCUCGAAUACGAUAGCAGAGAGGACCGAGCUGGUACCGAAUACUUUGAUAGAAAUUACGGACCAACCUCGGAACUUUAUGCCAGAGAAGAAAGAGUCGAACAAACCAGAGCUCACAGUGACAUAUCAGUUGAUUCCAUUGAAAGAGCACCUAGAGGUGCUGCCAUCGAAAGAGCUCAAGAAGUUUGGUUGGAUGAGCUCGUAGCUAGAAAUGCUAAGAUCGUUCACGUUACUUAUCCUAGAACAGCUAACAACGAUAAAGAAUUGACGGUUGUCAGGGGUGAAUAUCUGGAAAUACUCGAUGACAGUAGGAAGUGGUGGAAAGCGAGAAAUUCUAGGGGUCAAGUUGCUCACGUGCCACACACUAUCGUUACGCCUCACAAUCCAUCUCAGCCUGCUGAAAAUGAUGUAUUUAAUAAUCCAUUAUAUACAAGUCGAUACCCUAGACAAGGACAUGGCUAUAGUUAUGAAGAUUCUGAAAUUGAAAGAACCAGUACUAGUCCGGGGCCAGAAGCAGCUCAUCGAACUCAUGCGAUUCCACCACCAGCACCCGCGGAUUGGGUGAGAAAAGAACGUCUUGGGAAAAAAGAGAAUUUGACUACAUCUAAUGAAGUUUCAAGUACAAACGACAACGUAUCCGGUAAUACAUUGGGAAAAACUCCAAGAUUGGAAAAAAAGAAUGGCCCAAUAGUUAUAAUCCAACCAAUACAAAUGACAACUUUAAAAAAUAAAUUGAAAAACAAAUCCAAUGCACCAAACCCACCAACACCAUCAGCACCACCAGCAUCACAAACACCAUCAGCACGAUCAUCAUUGUCAGUACCACCAGCACUACCACCACCACCACCUCCACCACCUCCUCCAGUUCUACAGACUCAAAAAUCAACUACAUCGACGACUUCCAACAAAUCAGAAUCGUAUAAAAAUAAUAAAUCUUUCGCUGGUACGUGUAAUCAAGACCAAGUUCAGGAGGAACUUAAACACGUAUUAAACAUGUUUAGAAAAAAGAAACAUAGCCCAAAUAUUCUAGAAAUGCAAGCAACAGUUUUACAUCAAUAUUCUACUCCUCGUGAAGUUCAAUCUUGGUUGACGGCGAAAGGAUUUUCAGAUAAAGUUUGCAAACAAUUGAAAGAUAUGACUGGUGCUGAAAUAUUUAAUCUAACGAAACGACAAUUGGAGCAAUAUUUUGGCCCUAACGAAGGUGAAAAGCUGGGAGAACAGCUCAUCUUAUCACGAAACGAAUGCGGGUACGAAACGACAAGGGUAUCAGAAUUAAAACAGAUUUUAGAGAAGGUUCGGCAAAAGGCAGAAUAAAUAAAACAUAAAAGACACAAUUAUAGUAAGCGUAUAUACAUAUAUAUAAAUAUGUAUAUACACAAUAAUUGAACGCUUAAAAGUAGUUGUAAUUUUUAAUAAAAUUAUGAAGCGCAAUAAGCUAUCAAUAUUACUUAUAUAGCUAUAUAUGCAACAUAUAAAUCGAUUAAUAUGCUCUAGUACUUCAUAAUUUUAUUAAAGGAAAAUACUUAAAAUAAGAAAUUUUCAUUGAUACACUUAUUUUCUCUUUCAUAUGUAAACUGUACAAAAAUUAGCUUGCACUCAUUCUCUACUCAAAAGUAAUAUUCACUUUUUAAUUUUAGAUAUAUGUAUAUAUUUAUGACAGACUAAUUGUAACUUAAAGAAUUAACGAUAUUAAAGUCUCAUAAUUUUAAAUAAAUACAUUAGCAGUAUUAGCCAAAGAAAUGAAUUUCUACAAAAAAAAAUAAUAUAACAUAUGUCAUAUAUAUACGAAGACAAGUUUUAAAUCGACUAUCAUUUUCAUGAACACUUUGUUUAAAAUUGAAUGCUUUGUUAUUAAUAUCGCGUUAUGUUUAUUUUGAAGCUAUCAUUAUACAUUAAUUAUUAACAGACAUAAAUAGUUAUCCGCCUGUGUAUAUAUCAUUUCUUAUAUAUAAUCUUAGAAUUAUAUAUCCGAUAUAUUACACAUAAUUUUUCUGAAUACUCCUCCAGUCGGAAUCACAUGACGUGAACACAUCAAUAAGUAUAAUAAUAAUAAUAAUAAUAAUAUUGUAUAGAAUUUUCAAUUCUUAGCAAAGCUCCUUUCACAAACACAUCACCCAGUUAUUAUUAUUAUUAGCUACGUUUAUUAUAUAUCGCUUCUAUACGAAGCAUAUUUAGUGGCGUUUAAUAAAAAAAAAGCAUUAAAGAUUGCAGCGCAUUUUACGUACGUCAAUUGUGCGUCAAUUUACAAUCUAAAUUAACAAUAUAAUAAUAAUAAUAAUAUUGUAAUAAAUCGAUUGAGAAGGAACAUAAUUGUUUCUUCGUUCGAAUAAUUUGUUAAAAAAUACAAUCGAAUACUUAAAAACAAUUUUAAUAUAAA